AUGGGUGGCAGCCGGGCGCCACCUGCGGGGCAUCACUCAGGCAGGACCCGGCCCAAGCUGGAGCGAUGCAGGCGCCACCGGAGGAGCGCUCAGAACCCGGAGGGACUAGGCGGGGCGCUGAAACCACCCGCAACGAACUUUGACGAAAGACUUUUGCAGCUGAAAUCCGCAAAUGCCUUUACAGUGUGCUCUGCAUUCCGUCGCCAAGUGCCGGUCCCAGAGGCGGUGGCUGAGGGCCCCACGUUCCUUCAUUGCAUCCUGGCUCUGCUUCAGCUGCGGGACUGUCCCUGGACCGCGCGGGUCGACCCUCACUCUCUUUGCUAUGACAUCACCAUCAUCCCUAAGUGCAGACCUGGACCACGGUGGUGUUCAGUUCAAGGCCAGGAUGGGGAUGCAAAAUUUGUCAAGACCAGAGCUGAUCUCUCUCUAAAGGGGGCAGAACCCCUCACCCUGCAGGCCAGGAUGUCUUGUGAGCAGAAAGCCGAAGGACACAGCAGUGGAUCUUGGCAGUUCGGUUUCAAUGGACAGAUCUUCCUCCUCUUUGACUCAGAGAUCAGAAUGUGGACAACGGUUCAUCCUGGAGCCAGAAAGAUGAAAGAAAAGUGGGAGAAUGGCAAGGAUGUGACCAUGUCCUUCCAUUACAUCUCAAUGGGAGACUGCACAAGAUGGCUUGGGGACUUCUUGAUGGGCAUGGACAGCACCCUGGAGCCAAGUGCAGGAGGUAACAGAAGAAAGAGAAAUGGGGCUCUCAAGUGGGUAUCCCUGGAGGAGGCUCAGAAGAAAGCAAUCUGGGGCAUUCCCAAGAGGAGGGGGUUUUGAGUUCCCGGGCACACUCAAUUCCUGUGGCAGAAGUUUAGGGCUUCAUUCCAGAGAAACCAGUUCGGGUACCAGCGAUUAAUGUGGAAAGUGAAGAGAAGAGAGUGUCCAGGACAAGGUUUAGAAAAGCCCAAACCCCUGGGACACAUGGGAUUCCUGGCCGGGCCCUGGGCUGAUGCCCCUGCCAUCCCACCUCCAUCACACUCCAGAUCCUGAGCCAGCUGAUGGCUCUGUCUGGAGCAGAGUGGACUCAGAGACCAGGGAUAUGGUGGCACAUGGGGGCGGGUGACCUGCUGCUGGAGUUUCAUGCUUACCUCUGAGCUCACCAGGAAUGGAUGGCACAGGCCAUGGACAGUCACAUUCAGAGUUAUGGGUGCCACUUCAAGGUGAUGUGGGAAGCUCUCUGAUGUGGAACAUCAAGGAAAUGGUAGGUACAGGCUUCAGGGCCAGGGCUGGGUGUGCAGGGAAAAACCUGCCCCUCAGUGACAGGGGCUGUGAGAUGGGGAGUAGUGACUAUGGAGGGGUUUCCCAGGACAAAUGACCCAGGAUUUCUUCAGCGACAUAAACCAACGCUGUGUCUUUUUGGAAGGGUGAACAUGUCCCCAAGAAGGCACCGUGAGCAUGGUCUCCUUCAAAGUCUUUAUUCUUGCUGUCAGCAUGUCCAUCAUAAUAUAAAGUUAGCAGUAAAAUAUUCCACUAAAGUGCAGUAUAUUUUCUCAUGUUGGUAUUGCAUUUCUGUUUCUUUGUCAGACUAGAACAUCUGAACUAGUAAAAGAUUAAGCAACCCAAAUGCUGGAUUAAAAAAAUGUUAAACCUUUCAAAUAUAUUAAUGAGGACUUAAAAGUAACACACAAUAAGAAGUAUCACAUGAAUCUAAAUCUCUCCACAUAGUUUCAAAAAUAUAGAGAUCAAAUAAUAGGGCAAAGAAAGCACCCUGAUCUAUAUUUUCAGUAAAAUGAGUAGAUAGGAAAUGCCUAAAUCCAUCAGAUCCUUGUCUGUAAAACAGAUAAUCGAAACAACUGGUGAAUCUUGGGUAGUGUCUGAGCAUGAGAUGGAUGUAAGGUAUGGAUGUGAAAUCUGUUUUGGUGAUUGUAUUGUGCUUAUUAGGAGAGUGCCGUGGUUUGUAGGAAGAACACUAAAGUAUGGAGCAUGAGGUGGCAUCAUUAAAGAUGAGGCAUCAGUGUGGCAGCUCGCUCUCAAGUAGUGCAGGCAGAGAAGUUCUCUGGAUUCUGCUUGCAAAUACUUUGCAAUUCUUGGUGGUUUCACAUUGGUUUUUUUGUUUGUUUUGUUUUGUUUUGUUUUACUAGUUGAAAGUGGGAACGUAAGAAAAACAUACUUUUAAGAAACUGAUGUAAAGAGAUGAAUACCUCAAUAAAUCCACUAUGGUUCCUUCUCCUCCAAAGCCAGGGCCUCCAGGUGUUUCCCUCUCACUCUCUGUUCUCUGCUUUGGGCAGCUUCUCCUGCCUUCUCCUUUCUGGAGGCAACUCCCAGGUCCUUCUAGAGCCGGAAGCACCUCAGUCAAAACAGGAGCUGGGAUCAUUCAGGUUCACAGGCCUUGAUCCUCACUUGAACACUGGAGCUGGCAGGAGGCGAAUCAGAGCAAAGACUCACCAACUAUUCUGAGAUUAGACCAGCUGUCUUAGCUGCGUAGGUAUGUGCAUGUGGUGUGCAUUGUGUGUGUGCAUGUGUGUCUGUGUCUGUGUGUGUAUGUGUGUUUCCAUGGAUUUUCUGCCUGACACUCAUGACUAUAAUAGAAAUUUCCCACACUUCCUCCCUGUCCCUUCUCACCUCCUGACAUCUCUUCCUCUCUGAUCCUCUAUGGUCAAACUCUCCUGGCCUAUUCCUGGUCCUAUCUUGCUGCCUCCAGGCUUUCUGUUGUGGUGCAUCCUCUGACAAGUAUUCCAUUUCCCACCAGCUCAGAGUCAGUCAUGAUUUAAAAGUUGGGCACAAAUGUUACCUCUCAUUAGGUUAGCCAUACCUUCCUGUAUUAGGAUUCUCUGGAGAAACAGAAGUAACUCUGUGUGUGUGUGUGUGUCUCUGUGUGUGUGUGUGUGUGUGUGUGUAGGCAGAGAGAGAGAUGGAAAGAUUUAUUAUUAGAAAUUGCCUCACACUAAUAUGUGGCUGGCAAGCCCACCAUCUGCAGUGUGGGCCACCCAGCUGGAGACCCAGGAGAGCUGAUGCGGCACGUGCAGUCUGCUGGAGGAUUUUUUUUUUUUUUUUUUU